UCAUGGACUAAAAACGGCCGCAGUUUGGCCUAUGAUGGUCGUCGACGUAUCACUAGAUCUAAAAUGGGCGAGCUCUGCAUGGCAGUGGACCAAGCCAUGGGCACAGAUGGCGGAAGGUACGCUCUCACUCUUACUCCAUCAGAUCCAAACGCCCCCGCUGAUCUAGAGCCAAUUGUGCUUAAUUCCCGUGUUGAAGUGAGGCCGAAGUUGAGAAAAAGAACGGGGUAA